AUGAUAAGUAAGACAUUCAGAAGAAUAAUGUCAACAACAUCACUCAAUAAUUCACCAUCAACAAAUUGGUCUGCUUCAAAAGUAAGAUCAACUUUUUUAAAUUAUUUUAAAGAUAAAAGACAACAUACUUAUGUUCCAUCAUCAUCAGUUGUACCACAUAAUGAUCCAACUUUAUUAUUUGCCAAUGCUGGUAUGAAUCAAUAUAAACCUAUUUUUUUAGGAACUGUUGAUCCUUCUAGUGAUUUUGCUACUUUGAAAAGAGCUGCCAAUUCUCAAAAAUGUAUAAGAGCUGGUGGUAAACAUAAUGAUUUAGAAGAUGUUGGUAGAGAUUCUUAUCAUCAUACUUUUUUCGAAAUGCUUGGUAAUUGGUCAUUUGGAGAUUAUUUUAAAAAAGAAGCUAUUGAUUAUGCUUGGGAAUUAUUAUUAAAUGUUUAUGGGUUAGAAAAAGAUAGAUUAUAUGUAACAUAUUUUGGUGGAGAUAUAAAACAAGGUUUAGAACCAGAUUUAGAUGCAAAACAAUUUUGGUUAGAUGUUGGAGUUGAAGAAGAUCAUAUUUUACCAGGUGAUGCGAAAGAUAAUUUUUGGGAAAUGGGUGAUCAAGGUCCUUGUGGUCCAUGUUCUGAAAUUCAUUAUGAUAGAAUUGGUGGUAGAAAUGCAUCUUCAUUAGUUAAUAUGGAUGAUCCAAAUGUAUUAGAAAUAUGGAAUAUUGUUUUUAUACAGUAUAAUAGAGAAGCUGAUGGAUCAUUGAGACCACUACCAAAUAAACAUAUUGAUACAGGUAUGGGAUUUGAAAGAUUAGUUUCUAUUUUACAAAAUAAAUAUUCAAAUUAUGAUACUGAUGUAUUUACACCAAUUUUUGAUAAAAUUAGAGAAAUUACUGGUGUUAGACCAUACACAGGAAAAUUUGGAAGUGAUGAUAAAGAUGGUAUUGAUACUGCUUAUAGAGUUAUUGCAGAUCAUGUAAGAACAUUAACUUUUGCUAUAUGUGAUGGUGGUGUGCCAAAUAAUGAAGGUAGAGGUUAUGUAUUAAGAAGAAUCUUGAGAAGAGGUUCACGUUAUGUUCGUAAAUAUAUGAAUUAUCCGAUUGGUUCCUUUUUCCAACAAUUAGUUGAUGUUGUUAUUGAACAAAAUAAAGAAAUUUUUCCAGAAAUUGAAACUGGCUCACAAGAUUUAAAAGAAAUUUUAAAUGAAGAAGAAUUAUCAUUUGCUAAAACUUUAGAUCGUGGUGAAAAAUUAUUUGAACAAUAUGCUAUAAUUGCCUCAAAAACACCUGAACAAACAUUAUCUGGUAAAGAUGUGUGGAGAUUAUAUGAUACUUAUGGUUUCCCAGUAGAUUUAACUAGAUUAAUGGCUGAAGAAGCUGGUUUAAAAAUCGAUGAAGAAGGAUUCGAAGUUGCUAAAGAAGAAUCAAGAGAGGCCUCAAAGGGUAAUGGUAGUAAAAAUGCAUCAACUUUAGUUAAAUUAGAUGUUCAUGCAUUAUCUGAAUUGGAUAAUAAAAAAUUACCAAAAACUAACGAUGAAGCAAAAUAUGGUGUUGAAAAUAUUAAAGCUCAAAUUUUAGCUAUUUACGAUGGAAGCGAAUUUGUUGAAUCAAUAGAGACUAAUGAUGAAUCAAAACAAUAUGGUAUAAUAUUAGACAAGACUCCAUUUUAUGCAGAACAAGGUGGUCAAGAAUACGAUACUGGUAAAUUAGUCAUUGAUGGAAAAUCUGAAUUUAAUGUUGAAAAUGUACAAGUUUAUGCAGGUUAUGUAUUACAUACAGGUUAUUUAGCUGAAGGUAAAUUAAAUGUUGGUGAUGAAAUAAUUGCAGCAUAUGAUGAAUUAAGAAGAUGGCCAAUAAGAAAUAACCAUACAGGUACACAUGUUUUAAAUUAUGCAUUAAGAACAGUUUUAGGUGAUGGAGUUGAUCAAAAGGGUUCAUUAGUUGCAAGUGAAAAAUUAAGAUUUGAUUUUAGUCAUAAACAAGCAUUAACACCAAAAGAAUUAGAAAAAGUUGAAGAAAUAUCAACUCAAUAUAUUAAAGAUAACAAACAAGUUUAUUAUAAGGAUGUUUCAUUAACUGAAGCAAAAGAAAUUAAUGGAUUAAGAGCAGUAUUUGGAGAAACUUAUCCAGAUCCAGUAAGAGUUGUAUCAAUUGGUGUAUCAGUUGAAGAUUUAUUAAAAGAUCCACAAAAUAAAGAAUGGAGAUCAUUAUCAAUAGAAUUUUGUGGUGGUACUCAUGUACAAAAGACAAAUGAGAUUAAAGAUUUAGUAAUCAUAGAAGAAUCAGGUAUUGCUAAAGGUAUAAGAAGAAUAGUAGCAGUUACAGGUCAUGAUGCACAUUCAGUACAAAAAUUAGCAAAAGAAUUUGAUGAAGAAUUAAAUAAAGUUGAAUUCUUACCAAAUGGAUCACAAAAGGAAAAUAAAGUUAAAGAAUUAGGUCAAUCUUUGAAAAAAUUAUCAAUAUCAGUAAUUGAUAAACAAAAAUUAACUGAAAAAUUCAAUAAAAUAGAUAAAUCAAUAAAAGAUAAUUUAAAACAAAUUCAAAAAGAAGAAAAUAAAAAAACAUUAGAUACAGUUAAAAAAUGGUUAGAUGAAAAUAAAGAAUCUAAUUAUUUAGUUUCUCAUAUUCCAAUCAAUGCUAACGCAAAAUCAAUAACUGAAUCAUUCAAUUUAAUUAAAAAACAAGAUAAAUCAAAAUCAAUAUAUUUAUUAACUGGUGGAUUAUCAAAUGGUGAUAAAAUUGCUCAUGGUUGUUAUAUUAGUGAUGAAGCUAUUGCAAAAGGUUUAGAUGCUACUGAAAUUUCAAAAUUGGUAAGUAAUGAAAUUGGUGGAAAAGCUGGUGGUAAAGGUAAUAUUGUUCAAGGUAUGGGUGAUAAUUCUUCUGGUAUUGAAAAAGCUAUAGAAUUAGUUGAAAAAGAAUUUAAAGAAAAAUUAUAA